AGGGGGAAAGUUCAAAGGAUCUUUCCUCCUUCACUCGCUCUUUGGGUUUGACCAACUCAACCCUCUUCUCCUUCCUCUCUUCUUCUUCUCUCUUAUUUUGUUUUUGUUGGGUUUAUUAAUUAGAGUAAUCUCUUAGUCUCAAUUCCAGAAUCCAAGUUCGUCUGUCUGUUUGGGUCUUUGAAUCGCUCUGGGUUUUAGUCUUAGGGCAGCGAUGGGCGUGUGUUUCUCCGCCAUUAGAGUAACUGGUGCGAGCAGCAGCAGUAGAAGAAGUAGUCAGACUAACCGUAAAGGAUGUAAAAAGGAUAAAGCAUAUAAGGCUCCGAUUCCCAAGGAGGAGAACGAUAAGCCCUCUACCAAGCGGAGAACCGGCGCGAUCCCAUGCGGCAAGCGUACCGACUUUGGAUACGCCAAAGAUUUCCACGACCAAUAUUCCAUCGGCAAGCUUCUCGGUCAUGGUCAAUUCGGCUAUACUUACGUUGCCAUCCACAAGUCCAAUGGAGAUCGUGUCGCCGUUAAGAGACUCGAUAAGAGUAAGAUGGUUCUUCCUAUUGCGGUUGAGGACGUGAAGCGGGAGGUUCAGAUACUUAAAGCUCUUUCAGGCCACGAGAACGUUGUACAGUUUUACAAUGCCUUUGAGGAUGAAGACUACGUGUAUAUAGUUAUGGAGUUGUGCGAGGGAGGCGAGUUGCUUGAUCGGAUAUUAUCCAAGAAAGAUAGUCGAUACUCCGAGAAAGAUGCAGCGGUUGUCGUAAGGCAGAUGCUCAAAGUCGCAGGAGAAUGCCAUCUACACGGUCUAGUACAUAGAGAUAUGAAACCAGAGAAUUUUUUGUUCAAAUCAGCUAAACUGGAUUCGCCGCUAAAGGCUACAGAUUUUGGUUUAUCGGAUUUCAUUAAACCAGGGAAAAGGUUCCAUGACAUUGUUGGUAGCGCCUAUUAUGUUGCUCCCGAAGUACUAAAGCGCAGAUCAGGGCCUGAAUCAGAUGUGUGGAGCAUUGGUGUUAUUACGUAUAUUUUACUCUGUGGAAGGCGGCCUUUCUGGGAUAGGACAGAGGAUGGUAUAUUUAAGGAGGUCUUAAGGAACAAACCUGACUUCCGUCGCAAACCAUGGUCAACUAUAAGUGACAGCGCGAAAGAUUUUGUUAAAAAGUUACUUGUAAAAGAUCCACGAGCUCGGCUAACUGCUGCUCAAGCCCUGUCACAUGCGUGGGUUAGAGAAGGAGGGAAUGCCACUGAUAUCCCUGUCGACAUUUCAGUUCUGAACAACUUACGUCAGUUUGUGAGAUACAGCCGUCUAAAGCAGUUUGCUUUACGGGCGCUUGCUAGCACACUUGACGAGGCAGAGAUUUCUGACCUCAGAGAUCAGUUUGAUGCAAUUGAUGUGGAUAAAAACGGUGUCAUUAGUCUUGAGGAGAUGAGACAGGCACUUGCCAAGGAUCUUCCUUGGAAACUGAAGGAUUCACGAGUUGCGGAGAUCCUUCAAGCGAUUGAUAGCAACACUGAUGGGUUGGUGGACUUCACAGAGUUUGUAGCAGCAGCUCUACAUGUUCAUCAACUGGAAGAACAUGAUUCAGAGAAAUGGCAGCUAAGAUCACGAGCAGCUUUUGAGAAAUUCGAUAUAGACAAAGAUGGGUACAUAACACCUGAGGAGCUUCGAAUGCACACGGGGUUAAGAGGCUCAAUCGACCCACUUCUGGAUGAAGCAGACAUUGACAGAGACGGGAAAAUAAGCCUGCAUGAGUUCAGGAGACUUCUAAGAACAGCGAGCAUAAGUUCGCAGAGAGUUCCAAGCCCUGCAUGCCACAGGAAUCCUCGGUAGUCAAAAAUGGUAUACUAGAAGAGGAGUCAAAAAUGUAAUUUGUUGGGAUGCUUGAUUUGUCUUAUCAGUAUGUAUAUGUAAUGUUGGUUGUAAGAGAAGUGGGUCUUUGGGGGGUGGGGGGGAGAUAAGUAAAGUGGUUUGGUUGUGUGAAGCCAAGGCAAACGAAAGACACUUUGAAAUUACCAAAGAGCUCGCUCGUUGCGUCACCAGGUGGAGGAAAUUUUGAGAUCGUCACGUGGCAUUCCCUGACUCGACCAAAGUUCAGUUUUAAUGGUUGGGCAGGGCACAAAAGCAAGAUAAUAGAUUCCAGUUGUAAUUUGAUUCUCUCAUAAUACCCAAUUUUUUUUUUUCCCA